AUGGACUCCUUGGGCAAGGUGCUGUCUUUGCAACAGCCCGAUGCCCUCAACACUUUUUCCAAGAUGUGGUAUCAUGUAUUUCUUUGGGCCUUGUUUUCAUCGAUAUUUGUGCAUACAGUUGCAGCCCUAAUAGCAUUUCUGACCCUCAGAAAACAUAAAUUUGGGAAAUAUUUUCCAAUAGCCAUCCUAUUUAUGGGGGUACUUACUCCAGCGCUGACUGGUAUUGUGAGUAGUGCAGCUAUAGCGUUUGUAUACAGGGCUUCAAGUUAUCCAAUGAAUCCCUUGUAUGCAUUAUUUUGGGGCUGUGGUCAGACUUUUAUAAUGGGUUGUAUGGGCUUUACUAGGAUAUUGGCAACCUUAUAA